GGCGCCCUAGGAGGCGGCGGCGGGAGGAUCGCGUCCCGACCCGAGGCCGGGCCUGCUGCGCGCCCCCAGCCCGAUCGGCACCGCCACUUGCCUGAGCGCCCCGGCGGCCCGAGCGCGCCCCAAGCCCGGGCGCCACCGCUGCCACCUCCGCGAGGUCUUCCUGAGUCUUUGAGGAUACAGCCUUGCUGGAGGCAGUUUCUGGUGGCAGUGACGGGGUGGCCCGUGAGCUGAUGACGAGGACUGGCUUUUAAUCCUUGGUGGCAAUUAAGAGAAAGCUUAUUGGGGCCUGGGAGCCACCCCGACCCCCACCACCAUGUCGGGAUCCACACAGCCUGUGGCACAGACGUGGAGGGCCACUGAAGCCCGCUACCCGCCCCACAGCCUUUCCUACCCAGUGCAGAUCGCCCGGACGCACACGGACGUCGGGCUCCUGGAGUACCAGCACCACUCCCGCGACUAUGCCUCCCACCUGUCGCCUGGCUCCAUCAUCCAGCCCCAGCGGCGGAGGCCCUCCCUGCUGUCUGAGUUCCAGCCCGGGAAUGAACGGUCCCAGGAGCUCCACCUGCGGCCAGAGUCCCACUCGUACCUGCCGGAGCUGGGGAAGUCGGAGAUGGAGUUCAUUGAAAGCAAGCGCCCUCGGCUAGAGCUGCUGCCCGACCCCCUGCUGCGACCGUCACCACUGCUGGCCGCUGGCCAGCCUGCGGGAUCUGAAGACCUCACCAAGGACCGUAGCCUGACGGGCAAGCUGGAACCAGUGUCUCCCCCCAGCCCCCCGCACACCGACCCUGAGCUGGAGCUGGUGCCUCCGCGGCUGUCCAAGGAGGAGCUGAUCCAGAACAUGGACCGCGUGGACCGAGAGAUCACCAUGGUGGAGCAGCAGAUCUCUAAGCUGAAGAAGAAGCAGCAACAGCUGGAGGAGGAGGCUGCCAAGCCGCCCGAGCCUGAGAAGCCCGUGUCACCGCCACCCAUCGAGUCGAAGCACCGCAGCCUGGUGCAGAUCAUCUACGACGAGAACCGGAAGAAGGCCGAAGCUGCACAUCGGAUUCUGGAAGGCCUGGGGCCCCAGGUGGAGCUGCCGUUGUACAACCAGCCCUCCGACACCCGGCAGUAUCAUGAGAACAUCAAAAUAAACCAGGCGAUGCGGAAGAAGCUAAUCUUGUACUUCAAGAGGAGGAAUCACGCUCGGAAACAAUGGGAGCAGAAGUUCUGCCAGCGCUAUGACCAGCUCAUGGAGGCCUGGGAGAAGAAGGUGGAGCGCAUUGAGAACAACCCCCGGAGGCGGGCCAAGGAGAGCAAGGUGCGCGAGUACUACGAGAAGCAGUUCCCCGAGAUUCGCAAGCAGCGCGAGCUGCAGGAGCGCAUGCAGAGCAGGGUGGGCCAGCGGGGCAGUGGGCUGUCCAUGUCAGCCGCCCGCAGCGAGCACGAGGUGUCGGAGAUCAUCGACGGCCUCUCAGAGCAGGAGAACCUGGAGAAGCAGAUGCGCCAGCUGGCCGUGAUCCCACCCAUGCUGUACGACGCCGACCAGCAGCGCAUCAAGUUCAUCAACAUGAACGGGCUCAUGGCCGACCCCAUGAAGGUGUACAAAGACCGCCAGGUGAUGAACAUGUGGAGCGAGCAGGAGAAGGAGACCUUCCGGGAGAAGUUCAUGCAGCAUCCCAAGAACUUUGGCCUGAUCGCAUCAUUCCUGGAGAGGAAGACGGUGGCUGAGUGCGUCCUCUAUUACUACCUGACCAAGAAGAAUGAGAACUAUAAGAGCCUGGUGAGACGGAGCUAUCGGCGCCGCGGCAAGAGCCAGCAGCAGCAACAGCAGCAGCAGCAGCAGCAGCCCAUGCCCCGCAGCAGCCAGGAGGAGAAAGAUGAGAAGGAGAAGGAGAAGGAGGCGGAGAAAGAGGAGGAGAAGCCGGAGGUGGAGAACGACAAGGAAGACCUCCUCAAGGAGAAGACAGACGACACCUCAGGGGAGGACAACGACGAGAAGGAGGCCGUGGCCUCCAAAGGCCGCAAAACUGCCAACAGCCAGGGGAGACGCAAAGGCCGCAUCACCCGCUCAAUGGCUAAUGAGGCCAACGGUGAGGAGGCCAUCACCCCCCAGCAGAGUGCCGAGCUAGCCUCCAUGGAGCUGAAUGAGAGUUCUCGCUGGACGGAAGAAGAAAUGGAAACAGCCAAGAAAGGUCUCCUGGAACACGGCCGCAACUGGUCGGCCAUCGCCCGGAUGGUGGGCUCCAAGACUGUGUCGCAGUGUAAGAACUUCUACUUCAACUACAAGAAGAGGCAGAACCUCGAUGAGAUCUUGCAGCAGCACAAGCUGAAGAUGGAGAAGGAGAGGAACGCGCGGAGGAAGAAGAAGAAAGCCCCGGCGGCGGCCAGCGAGGAGACUGCGUUUCCGCCCGUGGUGGAGGAUGAGGAGAUGGAGGCAUCGGGCGUGAGCGGAAACGAGGAGGAGAUGGUGGAGGAGGCCGAAGCCUUACAUGCCUCUGGGAAUGAGGUGCCCAGAGGGGAAUGCAGUGGCCCAGCCACUGUCAACAACAGCUCAGACACCGAGAGCAUCCCCUCCCCUCGCACUGAGGCCGCCAAGGACACAGGGCAGAAUGGGCCCCAGCCCCCAGCCACCCUGAGCACCGAUGGGCCACCCCCGGAGCCACCCACCCCGCCGCCGGAGGACAUCCCGGCCCCCACUGAGCCCACCCCAGCCUCUGAAGCCACCGGACCCCCUACGCCCCCACCAGCACCCCCAUCGCCUUCUGUACCCCUUCCUGUGGUCCCCAAGGAGGAGAAGGAGGAGGAGGCCGCAGCGGUGCCCCCAGUGGAGGAGGGGGAGGAGCAGAAGCCCCCCGCGGCUGAGGAACUGGCAGUGGACACAGGGAAGGCCGAGGAGCCCAUCAAGAGCGAGUGCACGGAGCAAGCCGAGGAGGGGCCGGCCAAGGGCAAGGAUGCGGAGGCCUCUGAGGCCACGGCCGAGGGAGCGCUCAAGGCAGAGAAGAAGGAGGGCGGGAGCGGCAGGGCCACCACAGCCAAGGGCUCGGGCGCCCCCCAGGACAGCGACUCCAGUGCCACCUGCAGCGCAGAUGAGGUGGAUGAGCCUGAGGGCGGCGACAAGAACCGGCUGCUGUCUCCAAGGCCCAGCCUCCUCACCCCAACUGGCGACCCCCGGGCCAACGCCUCGCCCCAGAAGCCACUGGACCUGAAGCAGCUGAAGCAGCGAGCGGCUGCCAUCCCCCCCAUCCAGGUCACCAAAGUCCAUGAACCCCCCCGGGAGGACGCAGCUCCCACUAAGCCAGCUCCCCCUGCCCCACCACCGCCACAGCACCUGCAGCCGGAGAGUGACGCCCCUCAGCAGCCUGGCAGCAGCCCUCGGGGCAAGAGCAGGAGCCCGGCGCCCCCCGCAGACAAGGAGGCAGAGAAGCCUGUGUUCUUCCCAGCCUUCGCAGCCGAGGCCCAGAAGCUGCCUGGGGGCCCCCCUUGCUGGACUUCCGGCCUGCCCUUCCCCGUGCCCCCCCGUGAGGUGAUCAAGGCCUCCCCGCAUGCCCCGGACCCCUCAGCCUUCUCCUACGCUCCACCUGGUCACCCGCUGCCCCUGGGCCUCCAUGACACUGCCCGGCCCGUCCUGCCGCGCCCACCCACCAUCUCCAACCCGCCUCCCCUCAUCUCCUCUGCCAAGCACCCCAGCGUCCUCGAGAGGCAAAUAGGUGCCAUCUCCCAGGGAAUGUCGGUCCAGCUCCACGUCCCGUACUCAGAGCAUGCCAAGGCCCCGGUGGGCCCCGUCACCAUGGGGCUGCCCCUGCCCAUGGACCCCAAAAAGCUGGCGCCCUUCAGCGGAGUGAAGCAGGAGCAACUGUCCCCACGGGGCCAGGCUGGGCCACCGGAGAGCCUGGGGGUGCCCACGGCCCAGGAGGCGUCCGUGCUGAGAGGGACAGCUCUGGGCUCAGUUCCGGGCGGAAGCAUCACCAAAGGCAUUCCCAGCACACGGGUGCCCUCGGACAGCGCCAUCACGUACCGCGGCUCCAUCACCCACGGCACACCAGCUGACGUCCUGUACAAGGGCACCAUCACCAGGAUCGUCGGCGAGGACAGCCCAAGUCGCCUGGACCGCGGCCGGGAGGACAGCCUGCCCAAGGGCCACGUCAUCUACGAAGGCAAGAAGGGCCACGUCUUGUCCUAUGAGGGCGGCAUGUCUGUGACCCAGUGCUCUAAGGAAGACGGCAGAAGCAGCUCAGGACCCCCCCACGAGACGGCUGCCCCCAAGCGCACCUACGACAUGAUGGAAGGCCGUGUGGGCAGAGCCAUCUCCUCGGCCAGCAUCGAAGGUCUCAUGGGCCGUGCCAUCCCGCCUGAGCGACACAGCCCUCACCACCUCAAAGAGCAGCACCACAUCCGCGGGUCAAUCACACAAGGGAUCCCUCGGUCCUACGUGGAAGCGCAGGAGGACUACCUGCGUCGGGAGGCCAAGCUCCUGAAGCGGGAGGGCACGCCUCCGCCCCCACCGCCCCCGCGGGACCUGACCGAGGCCUACAAGACGCAGGCCCUGGGCCCCUUGAAGCUGAAGCCGGCCCAUGAGGGCCUGGUGGCCACGGUGAAGGAGGCGGGCCGCUCCAUCCAUGAGAUCCCGCGCGAGGAGCUGCGGCACACGCCCGAGCUGCCCCUGGCCCCGCGGCCACUCAAGGAGGGCUCCAUCACGCAGGGCACCCCGCUCAAGUACGACACCGGCACGUCCACCGCUGGCUCCAAAAAGCACGACGUACGCUCCCUCAUCGGCAGCCCCGGCCGGACGUUCCCACCUGUGCACCCACUGGACGUGAUGGCUGACGCCCGGGCACUGGAACGCGCCUGCUACGAGGAGAGCCUGAAGAGCCGGCCGGGGACCGCCGGCAGCUCGGGGGGCUCCAUUGCACGUGGUGCCCCGGUCAUUGUGCCUGAGCUGGGCAAGCCGCGGCAGAGCCCCCUGACCUAUGAGGACCACGGGGCACCCUUCGCUGGCCACCUUCCGCGAGGCUCGCCUGUGACCACGCGGGAGCCCACGCCGCGCCUGCAGGAGGGCAGCCUGUCGUCUAGCAAGGCAUCCCAGGACCGAAAGCUGACGUCAACGCCUCGUGAGAUCGCCAAGUCCCCACACAGCACCGUCCCCGAGCACCACCCACACCCCAUCUCGCCCUAUGAGCACCUACUUCGGGGCGUGAGUGGCGUGGACCUGUAUCGCAGCCACAUCCCCCUGGCCUUCGACCCCACCUCCAUACCCCGCGGCAUCCCUCUGGAUGCAGCUGCUGCCUACUACUUGCCCCGGCACCUGGCCCCCAACCCCACCUACCCGCACCUGUACCCACCCUACCUCAUCCGCGGCUACCCCGACACGGCGGCGCUGGAGAACCGGCAGACCAUCAUCAAUGACUACAUCACCUCACAGCAGAUGCACCACAACGCAGCCACCGCCAUGGCCCAGCGAGCCGACAUGCUGAGGGGCCUCUCGCCCCGCGAGUCCUCGCUGGCACUCAACUACGCUGCCGGCCCCCGAGGCAUCAUCGACCUGUCACAAGUGCCACACCUGCCCGUGCUGGUGCCCCCGACGCCAGGCACCCCAGCCACCGCCAUGGACCGCCUUGCCUACCUCCCCACCGCACCCCAGCCCUUCAGCAGCCGCCACAGCAGCUCCCCACUCUCCCCAGGAGGCCCCACGCACUUGACAAAACCAACCACCACGUCCUCGUCCGAGCGGGAGCGAGACCGAGAUCGGGAGCGUGAGCGGGAUCGGGAGCGGGAAAAGUCCAUCCUCACAUCCUCCACGACGGUGGAGCAUGCGCCCAUCUGGAGGCCCGGUACAGAGCAGAGCAGCGGCAGCAGUGGCAGCAGCGGCGGGGGUGGGGGCAGCAGCAGCCGCCCCGCCUCCCACUCCCAUGCCCACCAGCACUCGCCCAUCUCCCCCCGGACCCAGGACGCCCUCCAGCAGAGGCCCAGUGUGCUGCACAACACGGGCAUGAAGGGCAUCAUCACCGCCGUAGAGCCCAGCACGCCCACGGUCCUGAGGUGGGCCAGGUCCACCUCCACCUCCUCACCCGUUCGCCCGGCUGCCACAUUCCCACCCGCCACCCAUUGCCCACUGGGCGGCACCCUCGAUGGGGUCUACCCUACCCUCAUGGAGCCCGUCUUGCUGCCCAAGGAGGCUCCCCGGGUCGCCCGGCCAGAGCGGCCCCGAGCAGACACCGGCCAUGCCUUCCUCGCCAAGCCCCCAGCCCGCUCCGGGCUGGAGCCCGCCUCCUCCCCCAGCAAGGGCUCGGAGCCCCGGCCCCUAGCACCCCCCGUCUCUGGCCACGCCACCAUCGCCCGCACCCCUGCGAAGAACCUCGCACCCCAUCACGCCAGCCCGGACCCGCCGGCGCCGCCCGCCUCGGCCUCGGACCCGCACCGGGAAAAGACUCAAAGUAAACCCUUUUCCAUCCAGGAACUGGAACUCCGUUCUCUGGGUAAGACCACCCUGACAGCGGCUACCUUCAUAGACGCGAUUAUCAUGCGUCAAAUUGCUCACGAUAAAGGGGCGCGAGAAGGAGGUGUGCUGGCCAACGGCUCCCCUCGCGAUGGUUACCAUGGCAGCAGCUACAGCCCUGAAGGGGUGGAGCCCGUCAGCCCUGUGAGCUCGCCCAGCCUGACACACGACAAGGGGCUCCCCAAGCACCUGGAAGAGCUGGACAAGAGCCACCUGGAGGGGGAGCUGCGGCCCAAGCAGCCAGGCCCCGUGAAGCUCGGCGGGGAGGCCACCCACCUCCCACACCUGCGGCCGCUGCCCGAGAGCCAGCCCUCGUCCAGCCCGCUGCUCCAGACUGCCCCGGGGGUCAAAGGUCACCAGCGGGUGGUCACUCUGGCCCAGCACAUCAGUGAGGUCAUCACACAGGACUACACACGGCACCACCCACAGCAGCUCAGCGCACCCCUGCCCGCCCCCCUGUACUCCUUCCCUGGGGCCAGCUGCCCCGUCCUGGACCUCCGCCGCCCACCCAGUGACCUCUACCUCCCGCCCCCGGACCAUGGUGCCCCGGCCCGUGGCUCCCCCAACAGCGAAGGGGGCAAGAGGUCUCCAGAGCCAAGCAAGACGUCGGUCUUGGGUGGUGGUGAGGACGGUAUUGAACCUGUGUCCCCACCGGAGGGCAUGACGGAGCCAGGGCACUCCCGGAGUGCUGUGUACCCGCUGCUGUACCGGGAUGGGGAGCAGACAGAGCCCAGCAGGAUGGGCUCCAAGUCUCCAGGCAACACCAGCCAGCCGCCAGCCUUCUUCAGCAAGCUGACCGAGAGCAACUCCGCCAUGGUCAAGUCCAAGAAGCAAGAGAUCAACAAGAAGCUCAACACCCACAACCGGAAUGAGCCUGAAUACAAUAUCGGCCAGCCUGGGACGGAGAUCUUCAAUAUGCCCGCCAUCACCGGAACAGGCCUUAUGACCUAUAGAAGCCAGGCGGUGCAGGAGCAUGCCAGCACCAACAUGGGGCUGGAAGCCAUAAUUAGAAAGGCACUCAUGGGUAAAUAUGACCAGUGGGAAGAGUCCCCGCCGCUCAGCGCCAAUGCUUUUAACCCUCUGAAUGCCAGUGCCAGCCUGCCCGCUGCUAUGCCCAUAACCGCUGCUGACGGACGGAGUGACCACACACUCACCUCGCCAGGCGGCGGCGGGAAGGCCAAGGUCUCUGGCAGACCCAGCAGCCGAAAAGCCAAGUCCCCGGCCCCGGGCCUGGCGUCCGGGGACCGGCCACCCUCCGUCUCCUCAGUGCACUCAGAGGGAGACUGCAACCGCCGGACGCCGCUCACCAACCGUGUGUGGGAGGACCGGCCCUCGUCAGCAGGUUCCACGCCAUUCCCCUACAAUCCCCUGAUCAUGCGGCUGCAGGCGGGUGUCAUGGCUUCCCCACCCCCACCGGGCCUCCCCGCGGGCAGCGGGCCCCUCGCUGGCCCCCACCACGCCUGGGACGAGGAGCCCAAGCCACUGCUCUGCUCGCAGUACGAGACACUGUCCGACAGCGAGUGACUCAGAACGGGGGAGGGGGGCAGUGUCGGGUCCCAGCGAGCCACAGGAACAGCCCGGCAGGAGCAGGGCGGGUGCCGACUCCCCCUACCGAGGAAGGAGCCCCUGAGUACGCCUGCGCCUCCAUCCAUCCGUCCGUCCAGAGCCGGCAUCCUUGCCUGUCUAAAGCCUUAACUAAGACUCCCGCCCCGGGCUGGCCCUGUGCAGACCUUACUCAGGGGAUGUUUACCUGGUGCUCGGGAAGGGAGGGGAAGGGGCCGGGGAGGGGGCACGGCAGGCGUGUGGCAGCCACACGCAGGCGGCCGGGGCGGCCAGGGACCCAAAGCAGGACGACCACGCACCUCCACGCCACUGCCUCCCCCAAAUGCAUUUGGAACCAAAGUCUAAACUGAGCUCGCAGCCCCCGCGCCCUCCCUCCGCCUCCCAUCCCGCUUAGCGCUCUGGACAGACGGACGCAGGCCCUGUCCAGCCCCCAGUGCGCUCGUUCCGGUCCCCACAGGCUGCCCCAGCCAACGAGAUUGCUGGAAACCAAGUUAGGCCAGGUGGGCGGACAAAAGGGCCAGGUGCGGCCUGGGGCGAACGGAUGCUCCGAGGACUGGACUGUUUUUUUCACACAUCGUUGCCGCAGCGGUGGGAAGGAAAGGCAGAUGUAAAUGAUGUAUUGGUUUACAGGGUAUAUUUUUGAUACCUUCAAUGAAUUAAUUCAGAUGUUUUACGCAAGGAAGGACUUACCCAGUAUUACUGCUGCUGUGCUUUUGAUCUCUGCUUACCGUUCAAGAGGCGUGUGCAGGCCGACAGUCGGUGACCCCAUCACUCGCAGGACCAAGGGGGCGGGGACUGCUGGCUCACGCCCCGCUGUGUCCUCCCUCCCUCCCUUCCUUGGGCAGAAGGAAUUCGAUGCGUAUUCUGUGGCCGCCAUCUGCACAGGGUGGUGGUAUUCUGUCAUUUACACACGUCGUUCUAAUUAAAAAGCGAAUUAUACUCCA